UUCUGUAAAGAACAACCAAUCAGCACUCCCAGCAAAAUGGCAUUCAAGUUCGUCUUCGCCCUCGCCUUCGUCGCCGUGGCCAGCGCCGGCUACGCCCCCAUCGCCGCUCCCCAGGUGUACCAUGCUGCCCCCGCGGUGGCCACCUACGCCCAUGCCCCCGUUGCCGUGGCCCAGAAGGUCGUGGUCAAGGCCGCAGAGGAGUACGACCCCCACCCCAAGUACCGCUUCUCCUACGGAGUCGACGACAAGCUGACCGGCGACAACAAGGGACAGGUGGAGGAGCGCGACGGCGACGUGGUCCGCGGAGAGUACUCCCUGAUCGACGCCGAUGGCUACAAGAGGACCGUCCAGUACACCGCCGACCCCAUCAACGGAUUCAACGCCGUGGUGAACCGUGAGCCCCUGGUCAAGGCCGUCGCCGUUGCCCCUGUCGUCAAGACCGUUGCCGCCCCCGUCGCCCACUACGCCGCCCCCGCUGCCUACACCUCCUACGCCGCCCCUGCCGUCGUGAAGACCGUGGCCCCCGUUGCCCACUACGCCGCCCCUGCUGUGGUCAAGACCGUUGCUCCAGUGGCUCACUAUGCUGCUCCUGCCGUGGUCAAGACCGUGGCUCCAGUGGCCCACUACGCCGCUCCCGCUGCCUAUGCCACCUACGCUGCCCCCGCCCACUACGCCGCCCCUGCUGCCGCCUACACCUCGUACUCGGCUCCCGCGGUCGCCUACCACCACUAAGAAGCCCGGCUGAAAUCGACGUUGUACAUAGAAUUGUUGGCUUUAUUAUUACUGUACAUUUAUUUAUUGACAGC